AGCCUCAACAUAAUGCAAAACAACCAGUUGUGAAAGAAUAAUUGCAGCUUAAAUUAUUACAAUAUAGAGCACAACUCAAAAGAUGCAGCGCGAGGAGAAGCACUUUGAGAUUACGCUGGAUGCAGUGUUGCAGCGGCUGGUCGAUUUGAAGCUAUCUGUGCUUGCAAUGAUACAGAAAUUGGAAAUGGAGUAUAUGGACAUUAACUGGCCUACGUUUUUGGACAACUUUGCUUUGAUCUCAAGCCAUUUAACGGGCCUCACCAAGAUAUUGGCUAAAGAGCAAUGUCCUCCACUGCGUAAUCGGACCGUACUUCCGUUGCUUGUUUCCAUGGAUCGAGAUGAGGCGCUCAUCAACCUUACAGAGGGCCGUGUGCCGGUAUUUUCACAUGACAUUGUGCCGGAUUAUCUGCGUACGCGUCCUGAUCCUGUCACCGAACAGAAAAUGCAACAGAACGAACAGAAAGCAUCUAAUCUAACCAAUGAUGCUGCCAUGAAGCAGGUUACGCAGUACAAUAAGGUCGUAUCGCAUGUACUGGAUAUGGUCAGCAAGGCACGCGAGGAAUGGGAGAUAGAGUCAAAUUCCCGCACUGGCAUACAACAGACAAGCAGCAUGGCCGACACGCAGCUACUGGUGGCGGCUGUUGGCAUGGGCAAAGGAUUACAAUUUAAGGCUAACUAUGGACCUGGGCCUGGCAUGAUGGUACCGCCAUCCAUACGCGGUCCCACGCCGCCAAUGGGUGGGCCAUCUAUGAGUCCAGGCAAUGUGCAGCAGCUGGGCAAAGCGCCGUCGGCAGUAAAAACGAACAUCAAGUCCGCCAAUCAAGUACAUCCUUUCUCUCGGUAGCAAAAUCAUAAUUUAUUGUUGCGUU